CCUCCCCCUCCUACCCUCCCUUAUCCUUCCUCGCCCCGCCUCCCUGCCCGCGCCUCACCAUGUCCGGUCACGUUGAGAUGGCUAAGACCCCGGUCGGCCCUGCGUCGUACUUCACCUUCCUGAUGGCCGCCGCCGUGACCAUGGGCUUCCCUCUGCUCAACCUGCUGCUCACCCGUGGCCAGCUGUCCAACCUGCCGCUGCUCAUCCUGGCCGCCGUCGCCGCCGGUGCCCUCCUGAUCAAGCCCUACAGCAGCGAGGCCAACAGCCGCCACUCCAAGAUCGUCCGUGCCCUCCGGCCCAAGUCCACCGUUUCCUACAACCAGCUGUCGGAGAUGGCUGUUUCCCCGGCGGUCGCCUAUGCCAUUGGCUCGGUCAACCUGAUCUACAUCAUCGUCUACAUCUUCGUCCAUGCCCUGACCCCGCUGCCCGGCCUGCUCCACGGCAUCACCUCCAUCAUCGCCCCGGCCGCUGCGGUCUUCCUUCUGACCAAGAACUAGAACCGCUCGCUCGCCCUCGGUGUCCCCCCUCCUCCCCGCGCUCCGUCCCUCCCCCCCCCCUCCCAAGGGCGGAGGAGCAGGAGGGAGGGCCAUAUGCCUCCCGAUUGUCCUCUCCAUCGCACACACGUGCGCGCCCUUGCCGGGACGGGGCCGGUGUUGCGCUCUCCCCUGCGCCCGCCGGCCCUUGUCCCCCUCGUGUAGUUGAAACAACAAAAGUACCAAAUCUCUA